AUGAUGUCCGAAGAACCUUCCACAAGACAUCCCAGAAUCAGCCACGUAUCCACUUCCACCGCAGAUAUCGGCAGCGAUUUCGGAAGCAGCAGCUCCGAUUUCGCCAAAUACAUCGUCCAGUUCUCUCCGACGCCUGACAACAACCCGGUUCCGGUUCAGAUCGCUCUCGAAGACAUCGAUUCCGGUUCAUCUUGCAAAGACGACGAAUCCGUCCAAACCGAUCUCAGAAUCAGCGAAGAAGGCGAUGCCUUGCUCUACAAGAUUUCUCAACCCCUGACUCGUAUCGUCAAAAUCUCUCCGAUCAUCAUCGCUCUUUAUCGGAUUCUAAUAGUUGUUCGAGUUGUGUUUCUCGGUCUGUUUCUCGUAUGGAGAAUCACAAACCCAAACGAUAAAGCAAUCUGGUUAUGGUUCCUCUCUGUGAUCUGCGAAAUCUGGUUUGCUUUCUCUUGGUUAAUCGACCAAAUCCCUAGGCUUUACCCGGUUAACCACGGGACCGAUACCGAAGCCUUAAAGGCGAAAUUCGAAUCACCAAACCCGAAUAACCCAACCGGUAAAUCAGAUCUCCCCGGUAUCGACGUCUUCGUUUCAACAGCUGAUGCAGAGAAAGAGCCUCCGUUGGUCACAGCCAACACAAUCCUCUCCAUCUUAUCCGUUGAUUAUCCUGUCGAGAAGCUCUCUUGCUACAUCUCCGACGAUGGAGGAUCGCUUCUCACGUUCGAAGCAAUGGCUGAAGCAGCUAGCUUUGCCAAGAUAUGGGUACCGUUUUGCAGGAAACACAAGAUCGAGCCGAGGAAUCCUGAAAGCUACUUCGGUCUGAAAAGAGAUCCUUAUAAAGACAAAGUGAGAUAUGACUUUGUAAGAGACAGACGGUACGUGAAACGAGGGUACGAGGAGUUUAAGGUUCGUGUUAACGCCUUGUCUCAUUCGAUUAGACGGAGAUCAGAUGCGUUUAACAGCAAAGAAGAGAUCAAAGCUUUGGAGAAAUGGAAAAACUGGAAAGUCAAAGUUGAAGAGGACCAAAUCAAAGAGCCAAAACCUUCCAUAGUAGCUCCUAAAGCUACUUGGAUGAGUGACGGUACUCAUUGGCCCGGUACUUGGUCUGUUCCUUGUCCUCACCAUUCCAAAGGCGACCACGCUAGUGUUAUACAGGUGUUGCUUGAUCCUCCUGGAGACGAACCGGUUACCGGACUAGGCGGUGACGGUCGUGCGUUGGAUUUCGUAGGAGUAGACAUUCGUUUACCGAUGCUUGUCUACGUGAGCCGAGAGAAACGUCCAGGUUAUGACCAUAACAAGAAAGCAGGAGCCAUGAACGCUUUGGUUAGAGCAUCGGCCAUAAUGUCUAACGGACCAUUCAUCUUGAACUUGGACUGUGACCAUUACGUAUACAACUCUAGAGCCUUUAGAGAUGGGAUCUGUUUCAUGAUGGACCGAGACGGAGACCGCGUUUGCUACGUUCAGUUUCCUCAGAGGUUUGAAGGAAUCGAUCCUUCAGAUCGUUACGCUAACAACAACACUGUCUUCUUCGACAUUAACCUAAGAGCUCUUGAUGGGAUCCAAGGACCGAUGUACGUUGGAACUGGCUGUCUCUUCCGUCGAACCGCUCUUUACGGUUUCGACCCGCCUGAUGUUUUGGUCGAAGAAGACCCGUCUGGUUGCUUCAGCUGCUGCUACCCGAAGACCAAGAAACGUAACCUUGCGACGGUAGCUUCUGAGCCUGAGUACUACAUGGACGAUGAGGAGGACGAAGAUAUCUGUUUGAUUCCGAAGCAGUUCGGUAGCUCGAGUAUGCUAGUGAGCUCUGUGAAAGUCGCUGAGUUUCAAGGCAGGCCGUUAGCGACUGACCAGUCUUCGAGCCGACGUGGACGCCCUCCCGGCUCGUUGACCGGACCACGCGAGCCGCUUGACUACGCUACCGUAAGCGAGGCGGUCAACGUGAUCUCUUGCUGGUACGAGGACAAGACCGAGUGGGGAAUGAGCAUCGGAUGGGUCUACGGGUCAGUGACCGAAGACGUUGUGACCGGUUUUCGAAUGCAUGAGAAAGGAUGGAGAUCUUUCUACUGCGUGACGGAGCCUGACGCGUUCCGUGGAACCGCGCCGAUAAACUUAACCGACCGGCUCCACCAGGUGCUCCGAUGGGCCACUGGGUCGGUUGAGAUCUUCUUCUCACGAAACAACGCCGUUUUAGCCGGUCGGAAACUGAAGUUUCUUCAGAGGAUCUCUUACCUCAACGUUGGGAUCUAUCCGUUCACAAGCAUUUUCAUCUUGACGUAUUGCUUCCUCCCGCCGUUAUCACUCUUCUCCGGUCAGUUCGUGGUGGACACGCUCAAGCCGGCGUUUCUCGUUUACCUUUUGAUCAUCUCGUUGUCUAUAUGUGGCUUAGCUGUUCUUGAAGUGAAAUGGUCAGGGAUCUCUUUGGAAGAAUGGUGGAGGAACGAGCAGUUUUGGUUGAUCGGAGGCACGAGUGCACAUUUCGUGGCUGUUCUUCAAGGGAUUCUCAAAGUCAUCGCCGGGGUCGAGAUCUCUUUCACGUUGACUUCGAAGUCUUCGACGGGGGAUGACGAGGACGACGAGUUCGCUGAUCUUUACUUGUUUAAAUGGACGGCUCUGAUGAUUCUUCCGCUGAUGAUCAUAGUGUUGAACAUUGUGGCGAUUCUUUUCGCCGUGUGUCGGACGGUUUUCAGUGAGAAUCCGCAGUGGAGUAAUCUUGUCGGAGGGUGUUUCUUCGCCUGUUGGGUUUUGGUUCAUAUGUAUCCGUUUGCGAAAGGGUUGAUGGGGAGGAGAGGAAGAACACCGACGAUUGUUUAUGUUUGGUCGGGGCUUAUCGCGAUUUGCCUCUCUCUUCUCUACAUUACCAUCAAGAACUCGGAGAUUGAUGGAGGAUCGUUUUGGUUGACUUGA